CCAGUUGGUUGAGUUUUGCUGAGGAAGGAAAAUUUUUUUAAAAUAAAAAAAUGACAGAAAUAAGCGAAAAGGAGAACGAACCUCAAAACCGGGACCUUCACCGACCACAGGCUACUGUGCCUAGUCAACAAGAAUCAAAGCUGCAGCGGCUGAAACGCUCCCUCUCCUUCAAAUCGGUCAUACGCAGCAAGAGUGUGGACAACUUUUUCCAGCGCAGCAAUGGUGAAUCACGGCCACCUUUAUGCCUAACUGCCACAUCGGCACCACCGGCAUCCCCUCCCCCCAUGUCUGAGUCCCCCCUGGCCUAUGAACACUCUCCCUCUCUCUCUCCAUCUAUCAGUCCUAACCCUUCAUUGUCAUCACACUCCCCAUCUGUCAGUCCUUCACUAUAUGGGACUUCCAAGAUCCAGCCAAAGUGUCAGGCCCAGCCAGUGCAGCCGGUCAAGACCCACUGUUUCCAGGAGCAUGUCUUCCGUAGGCCUACAAGCUGCCAGCGAUGCAAACAUACAAUCCAAGGAAACUCCAAGCAGGGCCUACGUUGUAAAUCUUGCAAGAUGGCCACCCACCUCUGGUGCUCCUCCGAGCUCUCCCAGCAGCCCUGUAAUGGCAAGACAGGAGCUUUUAAAAGAAACUUCAGCUCUCCUCUUCUUACCAUUGAUCCACUGGGUGUGGUUAGAGAGGCUCCUGCUGCGCAGGAAGCAGAUAAUAGCACUGUUGACCCUGUGUAUGAGGCACUGCGCUACGGGAUGACACUGGCUCAAUUGAGUCAAUCCAGCUUCAGUAGUAUCUCAGAAUCACCCUGUCAUGAGGAAGAAAAACUGCAAGACAAACUAGAAAACCAGCCUAUAGCUGAAGAGGAUCACAUCCCAGGAAUGCUCACCCCUCCUGAAAGCGAGAAGGCUGAUUCAGAAGAAAGGGUCAGUCUAAAGACUCCAAAACGAGUGGAGGUUCGCUCUAUUCACACCUAUGUGGCGCUCUACAAGUUUCUGCCUCAGGAGAAGAACGAUUUGGAGCUGCAGCCUGGUGACAGAAUUCAAGUCACAGAUGAUUCCAAUGAAGACUGGUGGAAGGGGAAAAGCAGAAACAAGGUGGGAUUUUUUCCGGCCAACUUUGUGCAGCGUAUCCGCCCUGGUGAGAGGGUGUGGAAGGUCACCACUGGUUUCCACGGCAACCGAGACAAAGGCCAGAUGACUGUGAAAGAGUCCCAGAUCUGUAUCGGGAAGAACGAGGAGAUUGACGGUUUCCUCCGCCUGAGCAGCGGGAAGAAGAGGGGCCUGGUUCCUGUGAAGUGUCUGCUAGAAAUAUGACGGUGCUGCUUUCGCCUUGACCCUCAUUUUGUUACAGUGAUGGAGGAAUACUCAGGAGUGUUUGGCCAACACCUCACUGACCACCAACCACCCGCCUCCAUCUCUAAAAUGUGGCAGUGAAAGCAGUGUGAGUGGAAGAUAACUCACAACUUUGCUUUUUACCGCAGUUUAAGACUUAAAGGAUGCAGGGGCUUCCUUGCAAUUAUUUAGAGCUACUUUUCUUGUAGCACAGCUUUCCUUUUUUUAUACCCUCCCAAAUGAAAUGUAGCAUUAUGUGGAAGAGGAUAAGCGUGCAGGAAGUCUGGCUACCUCAAUAGCCAUCUCCAUUCGCCAUCUGUUUGUGAAAAAGAAGAGAGGACUUUUUAAUUAUGAUGUCGAGGCUUGUCCAAGCCUAGAGAGACAUUGUAAGCAAACUGUCUUAAUGUCAUUGUUUUUGUAGAGGAAACGAGACAUUGUGAAAGUCUGUAGCCGUUUAUUGUGAUGCAUUGUGCAAACACACUGUUUGGUUGUUUGUUGAAACCCUGUUAAACCGCCUGGAUUUGAUAGAUUUAGCUGAGAAUUUAAACCAUAUUUGGAUGUGCGGACUGCAGCUCUAUAUGAGCAGAUUUUAAAUCAUGAUAUGAAUUGAUGAUAUGGAUAUGUGUCGCUCCUGCUCCGAGUAGAAAAAGAUUCAGGUAUUACAUUAUAUAUAAAUGUAAGUCUUCUCGGCUACAUCUUUUAUUAAUGACACACACAGAUGCUGAGAUUUUUACAUUUCAGACUGCUCUCCGGUGAUUGGAAUAUCGUACAUUUGUGCUCUUCACAGCUCUGAUGUGACAAAUGCUUUGCGUGCACCUCGGGGAGUUUCUUCGUCAGUGUACCCUUCAGUCGCACUUUCUUUACACACACAGAUUUCAUAAUUCACUCUGUUCAGUGUAGCGUUAAAAAGCAACCACUAGAAUCUGCUUUCUGUCAUCAUAUACACACCAAGCCAUGUCUAUCUGUAGGUAAUGUCCUGUAAUAUUCGCUGUCAUAUCUAGUUGUGCACUUCAGCAUGAGGAUGGUGUCACUGUUAGGACUUUUUGAUGUGCUUGCUUUUCCUCCUGGACAGAGCAGAGCAAAGAAAUAAUCCGGGAUGAUUUAUUAAACUCUUCCAACUUUCAGUCUCUCA